CGCUGUGGCGCAGGCGCAUGUGGGAUGCUGGAGCAAUGGCAAUGGCUGGGCUCUGCAGAAUUAGGACCAAGACCUGCAUGGCACCAGCUUUUGGGAGAUGUCUACAAAAGGAGCUCUGGAUGAAGUCAUGGAAAAAGGAGGAUGCGCAGCCGCCCUGGUUGUGUGGUUCAUGGGUGCGCUUGCAGUCACAAUUGUGUGGUCCAUGGGUGCAUUUGCAGUCACAAACCCAGCACAUUAAUGGAGUUAAUAAUUACCUCGGGAGACAGCGAGAGCCGUCUGCCUGGCUGUGCCACUCGGCCCCCGCUGCUGUGGUCAGGCAAAGGGCAGCAGAUGGGAAAGCAGAAGAGUUCAAGCUGGUGUACAGGUUCCCAGGGAUCAAGUACUGCCGGAUGCUGUCCCGACUGAAGCUGCUGCAGACUGGCACCACGCUGCUCAUGCUGCCACCUGUCUGCUACCUCUACCUGCAAGACCAGGUUUCGCAGGGUAUCUUCUUGUAUACAGCUGGCAUCGCAUUCUUUGCUGGUGCAAUGCUGUAUGCUAUGAGCUACUUUUUCAGACGAAUUAUUGGAUUAAUGUACUUAAGUGAAACUGGCCAUACGGUUAAAGUGGCCCACUUGACGUUUUGGGGAAGACGAAAUGACAUUUACUGUCCCCUAGAGACGGUGAUACCUCUGGAUGAAACUGGAGAUAGCAAAGGGGAGCUGCUUCUCCAGUUCAAACGCUAUAACAGUACAGAUGUUUUAUAUUUUACACUUAGGUUUGGCCAGAUUGUAGACAGACAGAAGUUUAUGGAAAUAUUUGGAAAACCUGAGUGAUACAGCAGCUAAUGUCCAGUGAUUUUCCUUGUUGCAUGUUCAUUGUGCUUAUUCUUCUGUGAAGUUUAACUACUAAAGUGACAUACUUCUGUCAUUUUCCUAUGCAAAGCUAGCUGGUAAGUGCACUUGGUGUAUAAAGUAGCAAUGGUAAAGAGCAGUCCACUGGAUUAAGUGACUUUGUAGCUUGUUUAAGGUAUGAGCAGUGUCUCUUCCAUGUCAGAUAGUGACGUGCCUGGUGCACUCUCACCAGCAGAUCAGUCUGAAGUGCUCUACUUGGAAGGUGCAGUGGGAGGCUGUAUUAAUUACUGCUGCUGACCCCAACUGUUCCGCUGGCCUCUCAGAUGGUCCUGAAACAGGAAAAACUCUUUAAGUGCCACCAGGACAGCCUCAAUUAAUUGUUUCUUUCAGCACAUUUCAGUUUGUCUAGGAAGCCUCUUGAAAUUAAAACUCAUAUGUACAUAUGUAUGACAGUGCUGGAUGUCAGGGAGCUACAUGCUCAUGCAUUAAUGGGAGGAGCAGCAUACAAUGCUGGAUGCAGUGUGUGCGGUCCCUUGGCAAGGUCUUCCAGGACAUGAACAUAAUGGGGCAAAACAUAUUGCAAGACGCAAUGGCCAGUUCAGGUGUAAGGGUGAGGUACUGACUGGGGCUUCUCAUAGAAACCAAGGGAAAACAUACCUGAACUGUAAACUGUGAUGCUGUGGAUUACAAGGACAGUCUGAGAGCCUUUAUUCACUUUGGAUCCUCAUGAUCAUCUGAAAAUUUGGACCUGCUUUGCACAUACUCAUGUUUGUGUUUUUUUGUGGCUGACAUUUAAUCAAUGCUGUAACAAGAGUUGCAAAAACUUCAGUAAAUGUUACCAAAAUUAUCUUGUACUGUGAAUGAAGCUGUCUUCUGUGAAGGUUACUAUAUAGCCUUGAUGUGUUUACCCAUUUGGGCAUAUUUUAACAUCAAAAGCUCCUCUGCCAAAUACCCUUUCCACUCCCUAUUUCUCCAGUCUGAGUUUACCUGAAAGGAAGCAAAAGUAUGACAUCUGAAAGCAGUGUUGAAUUAAGGUUGGAAAUGUGUGCUUUGUGUUUUGUUGUGCUUGCAGGGCUGAAUACCUGUGUCUGUGACACAGUAGACUGUGUCAGUGGUCUAAUUCCAUAGCUGUUGGCACGAUUCCUCCUUUUGCAAAACCAAAACAGUAGAAAUGAGGAGCAGGAUGUAAAGCCACAUCUGCUCACUUGCUGAGCUGCCAUAAGCCAGUGAACUCCUUACACCACUCUUCUAGCUGUUAAUUCACAGCAAAUAAGCUGACCCUCACCCACAGAGACAUUUGGAGUGUUCUUUUCCCUGUGACUUCCUCAUGCAUGUUGAAACUUGCGUCUCUUGGUGGAUCAGCAGAUGCAGGUAAGUAAAAGCGCCAUGUCACUGCGUGGGCUAACCCUGAUUUACUAUUGAUUUGUGUUGAACUCUUCCUAAUGGAAACUCCAUUCUUUUAAAUUUUGGCUGACACUGUAUGGUAGAGCAAUAGUAAAAGGAGAAAUGUUCCAUGGCUAAAACAAAAUAAAGCAAAAUACAGUGGACUGUAAGCAUGCAUCAUGUUUUUUGAAGGCUUAUCUUCAUUAGAAUAUAUUUAAUACGCACCAAUGCUUCAGUUGAGGAAGGUACUAGGUGUAAAAUGAAAAGCCUGGAGAAGUUCCAUUAUAAAUAUUUUAUUUAAGAAUAUUGAUUACACGAGAUGUCAUUUGUUACGAAUCUGUGUACGGUUACUAGUUACACCAUGAAGUGUAGUUAAGUAUUUGUUUCAACAUCUAUUUGGCACUGUCCACAGGAUGCUGUAAACAAUAGUAACUUCAUAUGCUUCAGCUGCAGUGCUUCCUAAGUUAUUCUCUAACAUUUCAUCAACAUGUUGUACACAAUUAUACAGUUACUGAGUGUCAGUAAAAAUUAUAAAAACACCUAGAGUAUUCAUAAUAAAAGUGAAGAUGUGGUUAAGACUUCAAA